UGGAACUUCUGCUUCCCAGCUCUGCUGCAGCCUGGCUCCCUGGCCUCCAGGUCCUCUGGUGCAGAAUGAGUCUCUGGACAGAAAACUGCAGCGACCGCUCUUGGGGAAAUCCCGAACACUGCCCAGCAUCCCCCAGUCCCCGGUCCUGAGCAGGCUCCCACUCCUGGACUCCACAGCCUAUAGGGAGGAGAUGCCAGAGCAGAAGUCCUACAAGAAGCAUUCAGCCUCUGACCACCAGAAAGGCUGCACGGUCCCUUCUACUGGGGAUGCCUGGAGGCUGGAGGAUGACUGCACAGACCCCCCGCGGGAUCCCCAGCUGGGCACAGCAGUGGAGGACGCCCCGUUCAGCUACUUCCGCACCCGUUCCUUCUACAUGAGGAAGAGUCUGUCUGUGGACAACCACCUGGGGACCCUCAGCUAUGCUGUCCACCCUGCUGAGACCAAGGCUGAGCGAGUCAAGACCAAGCUGCGGCGGCAAUUUAGCCUGGGGUCAGCGGACAAGAAGGACUUUUACCAACCAAAGUCAUCCUCUCCUAAAAUGACGCAGCAGAUGCGAGACCUGCAGCUGGCCCAGGCCAGGAAGCCACCAGGCCCUUCCUCACCCAACGCCGCCAAAAGGCUCUACCGGAACCUGUCGGGGAAAUUCCGGGUCAAUUACACCUCCUUUGAUGAGGGCAGCCUGGCAGGACGGGGAGAGAAGGAGAAGCUCCGCAAGUCCUACCUGUUCCAGAGCAAUGCUGCCCUUUUUGAGGCCGUGGAGCUGCAAGACCUAGAUAAGGUCCAGGACCUGCUGAAGCAGUACAGCCCUGAGGAACUGGACCUCAACACCCCCAACAGCGAGGGGCUGCUGCCCUUGGACAUCGCCAUCAUGACCAACAACGCUCCCAUCGCCAGGGCCCUGCUCCAAGCAGGAGCAAAGGAGAGCCCACACUUCGUGAGCCUGGAGAGCCGCUCCUUGCACCUCUCCACGCUGGUGCGGGAGGCGGAGCAGCGCGUCAACGAGCUGACUGCGCAGGUGGUGAACGAGGCGCCCAACGCCGACUGCUCUGAGAAGGAGAAGCAGCUCAAAGCCUGGGAGUGGCGAUACCGGCUUUACAAGCGGAUGAAGGCAGGAUUUGAGCAUGCCCGAGUGCCAGAUGCCCCCAUCAAUGUCCACCUCUCAGUCGCCAGCAGCUCCUCGGUACUGGUGACCUUCUGGGAGCCCCUGAGCGUCAACUCGGCUGUUGUCACCAAGUACAAAGUGGAGUGGAGCUGCUCCCCCUCCUUCUCGCCGCCGCUGGGGGAGGCCAUCAUCGACAAACUGCAGAACCUGCACUUUACCAUCCAGGGGCUGGUGUCGGGAACAGCUUACUAUGUUCAGGUGUCUGCCUACAACAUGAAGGGCUGGGGUCCCCCACAAACCUCCACACCCCCUUUUGCCAUCCCUUCCAACUGGAGGGAGUACGAUGGCCGAGCUCCACGGCGAAGGGGCCAAGCAGAAGCUCUGGACCAUUUGCUGGGUCAGGUGAAGACAGUCCACCAGCACUGUGUUUGCCAUGAACCCUGCAAGAACCAGCCCCAGAGCAGGAAGCACUCUGUCUCCAAGAGCCUCAAGCACCUCUUCCACCCUGGCAGCAAGUUUCUCAAGACACUGAAGCGGGGCCUCUACUUGACAGCCAUCUUCUACAAGGAUGACAAUAUUCUGGUGACCCAUGAAGACCAGAUCCCCGUGGUGGAGAUUGAUGACACCUACUCCUGCUUGCUGAUGCAGGACUUUCUGUGGUUCACCAAGGUGUCCUGCAUGUGGGAUGAGAUUCUGUGGCUGCGGCAGUGUGUCACUGUCUCCCAGUCCUCCUGCUCCUGCAUCCUGCAGACACGCUUCAAGAUGCUGUUGGCCAUCUCACAGAUGCAGGGGCUGCUGGGCAUCCAGGACCUGGGGCAGGUCUUCUUCGAGCCUGUCAAAGACAAACAAGGCAACAUCCUCAUCGUCACCCUGAAGGAGGUGAAGACCAACCAGACCUUUGAGAGCGUCCGCUGGGUUCCCAUCUGCAAACUGCAGAGCAGCCGCAAAUCCGUGUCCUCUCCGGAGGAGCCCUCUGCCCUGGACACGCUGCUCAUCUCUGUCCAGGACAAGCUGGCUUACCACCAACGGAGCAGUCAUGCCCUCUCCCCAGGCCUCUAUCUGGGCUACUUGAAGCUCUGCAGUGCCGUGGAUCAGAUCCGAGUGCUGGUGCCGGAGCAGCUUCCCAACAUCCUGUGCCAUGUCAAGAUUCGCUCCAACCCCAACGUUUCCAGGGAGGAGUGGGAAUGGCUGCAGAAGAUGGCCAGCAUGGAAGAGCCUGUUCCUGCUGAACCAGAGCCUGAGACCUCCCAGAAUCACUUGUUUCAGGAGCUCCAAGUGGCCAUCAAGGAGCUGAUGACCCUGGUCAACAUCCCAUUGCAAGAGGCCAAAGAUUUUCGUCUGUACAGCCAAGAAGUGCUGGACUUCGGGGACCAGGUCUCCUUCCUGCUGCUGCUGCCUCCAUCAGAUGAUGUCUGCACUGCUCCGGGUCAGAACAAUCCCUACACUCCUCGUUCUGGCUUCCUCACGCUGCCACUGCAGAUCUUUGAGCUAGUCCACUUCUUCACGUAUGAUCGGGAGUUCAUCACCCAGUACUGCCAGGUGUCUGCCCUCCUGGAGCUGGAGUCACUCCUCUCUCAGCAGAGCCUCAGGGAGGCCUUCUCCGAUGCUGAGCUCUCCUCUGCAAAGCAGAGGCACCAGCAGGUCCAGGACUACAUCCAGCAAAUGGAGGAGAUCUGGCGCGAGAUGCGCUGGAUCAUGGAUGCCCUGCAGCACGCCCGGUACAAGCAGCCCUCCUGUGGGGUGUCCCUCAGUGGCUUCCUCAGCGAGGCUGGUGGUGCCAUGAAGGAGAAAACCCAAUCCACCUCAUCCCACCUGGACUACCUUCCCUCCCCAGCACCCUCGCCAGAGACCAGCCGUAAGCUCAACUCUGACUCACACGGGCUGUCAGAUGAGGAGGGCUCCUCAGAGGUGUUCCUGGCCACCGACAGUGACUACGACUCCAGCAGGGCACAGAGUCCGAAGGAGCUCGACUUGCUCUACUCCUCCUCCUCCACGGGGCCCGAGUGCUGCAGUCGGAGAGCCUCCCGUGCCCUGAGGGACAGCGCCCCAGACGUCCUGCAGACCCAUGAGCUGAAGACCCCACCUCAACCACCGCAACCACCGCCGGAGGAGCCCCGUCCACCCCCGGAGCUCUACGACAGCGACUUUGUCCUGCCCAGCCGGCAGAUCGAGCUGCUGCGCAUCACCGAGAAGCGUCAGGCGUACUGCGUGCGGACCAGCAGCCUGGACUUCCCCAAACCCCUCUGCCAGGCAACCAGGAAGUCCUGUCCCGGCUCCGUCGACAGCUCCCCGACGGAGAGCAGGACCGCAGGCCACUGCAUGCAGCUGAGGUUGGGGACUGGCUCGACACCCAGCCCCGAGCAGGGCGCUGAGCCCGUCUUCCGAACGCGCUCGGCCGAGUGGACUCAGAGCUUCCAGGAGAGGGGGGAGCAGCCCGGGGGCUUGGCUGAACGAGGAAAGAAGUCGGGUGCUGUCACCUUGCGGGUCUGCCCUCAGUACGAAACCGGACUCUCCAAAGACACCAGUGUCAAGCUGCACAUCACCAGCCAGACGUCCGCUGGGGAGGUGGUGAAGCUGGUGGUGCUGGAGAUGAACGACGUCUCCCGUGGGGUGCUGGGAGGCUCGGGCGCCUUCUGCUACAGCGAGGAGCAGCUGGAGCACUUCGGACUGGUGUUUGCCUCCGAUGAGAGCGAGCGGUGGCUUCCCGAUGACUUCUUGCCUCUCUCCCUCCAAACUACCUGGCCCGAGGGGCGGUUCUAUGUCCGGAUCAAAGAGACGUCCCCUCUGGUGCUCCAGUACGGGCCAGCAACCACUGUAUGAGAGGAGGAGAGCCGGGCGGGCAGCACGGGGACCUCAACUUCCAGAGAGCAGACAGCUCGUCUCUGAUGCUUCCUUCUUCCACAGACACCCUCUCAUCAGGCGUCCGCGCGGUGGAAUGGGAUCAUACUGGGCUGAGUGUUAUUUGUUUGUGUUAUUUUUUUUUAUUAUUUUUAUUUUUAUUUUAUUUUAUUUUUUUAACCAAAGAGACAUCAAGACUCGGUUUUUCUGACUGCUGAAGAGGAGGGUGGAGUGCGGAGACCUCAGAGCUCAGCAGGAAUCUCUGCAGGAAUGGAAUUUUUGCAAGUAAACAUUUUUAAGGGGAAGGGGGGGAGAGAGAGGAAAAAAUGUUACAAAAAGAAGCAGCAAUACCUUUUUUUUUUUUUCCUUUCUUUCUUCUUUUUCUGAAAAGCCUCAUUUGACAUUCACUGAAGGUGAAGCCAUAGAGGAUGGCUGGGGAGGGUUGCAGUGUCAAUGAGGAGAGGGCAGGAGUCACAAGGAGAGCACUGAGAAGGGUGUUUUCCUCUCUGCCCCCCCUUUCCCCAUACCUGGAGAAACAAUUCUUGCACAUACUUCUUGGAACAAAAAUGAGAUUAUUUUUUUUUUUUUUCCUGAAAAAAUUUUAAUAACACUAAUUGGUCUAGAGAUACAGGAGUUGUGCAAGAGGUGAAGACCCUUUGACUGGUUCUAAAGGCAAAAAAAAAGGAGCCCACGCAGCCAGCCCCACGUGCACACAGCCGGGCUGGUCCCACCACCAGAGGUUUGCUAUAGGGCACCACCUGCACACCACCCUGGGCUCCCUUUCCUCCUCGGUUGCCGUUUUGUUCUGGUGCUUGUGCUUGGCCUCUGUAUGUCCUCUAGCAUGACAUCUUGUUAGCCACUAGGUCUCUUGUUAACAAGGUUAUUUUUCUGAUCUCCUGUGGUCCAUAGUAAAGACAAAUGCUGCUGAGUGA